UAUUUAUAUUUAUAUUUAUAUUUAUAUUUAUAUUUAUAUUUGUAUUUAUAUUUAUAUUUACGCUUAUAUUUAUAUUUAUAUUUACACAUAUAUUUAUACUCAUAUGGGAACUUAUACAUACAUACAAACGUAAAGAAUUUCAUUUCGCACCAUAUGAUCCCAUUGGCCUUCAUUUCGUUCGAUUGCUCGUCAUUUCAUACCAUUUCCCUUCAUUUCAUUCCAUUUCUUUUCAUUUCAUUUUAUUUCCCUUCAAUUCAUUUCAUUUCCUUUCAUUUCAUUCCAUUUCCCUUCAUUUCAUUUCAUUUCCUUUCAUUCCAUUCCAUUUCUCUUUAUUUCAUUCCAUUUCUCUUUAUUUCAUUCCAUUUCUCUUCAUUUCAUUCCAUUUAUCUUCAUUUCAUUUCAUUUCCCUUCGUUUCAUUACAUUUCAUUUCAUUCCAUUUCUCUUCAUUUCAUUCCAUUUCCCUUCAUUUCAUCACAUUUCAUCUCAUUCCAUUUCCCUUCGUUUCAUUCCAUUUCAUUCCAUUUCUUUUCGUUUCAUUACAUUUCAUUUCAUUCCAUUUCUCUUCAUUUCAUUUCAUUCCCCUUCGCUUCAUUACAUUACAUUUCAUUUCAUUUCCCUUUAUUUCAUUCCAUUUCUCUUCAUUCCAUUUUAUUUUUCCUCACUUCAUUUCAUUUCCCUUCAUUUCAUUUCAUUCCAUUUUCCUUUAUUUUAUUUUUAUAAUUUUCAUUUUGCAC